UUUGAAUUAUUUCCCCUAUUUCCGGUUGAAUGAAAUUUUCACCAUCGAUGAAGCAUUCGAUAUUUAUCGAAAGUUCUUUUCCUGUACUUCCGCCACCAAGAUGGGUAAACCUCGUGGUCUUCGUACUGCCCGUAAACACGUGAAUCACAGACGCGACCAACGUUGGUGCGAUAAGGAUUAUAAAAAAGCUCAUCUUGGAACGAGAUGGAAGGCCAAUCCCUUCGGAGGUGCUUCCCAUGCAAAAGGAAUUGUUCUUGAAAAAGUUGGUGUAGAGGCAAAACAGCCAAACUCUGCCAUUCGAAAAUGUGUGAGAGUACAAUUAAUUAAAAACGGAAAGAAAAUUACGGCAUUCGUACCACGGGACGGUUGUCUCAAUAAUAUUGAGGAAAACGAUGAAGUUUUGGUCGCUGGAUUCGGUAGAAAAGGUCAUGCCGUGGGAGAUAUUCCCGGAGUAAGAUUUAAGGUCGUUAAGGUAGCAAACGUUUCCUUAUUGGCUCUCUAUAAAGAGAAAAAGGAACGACCUCGUUCGUAAAUUUUUACAUUUACUAAAAUGUAUUUUUAUUUUCUUCAUUAAUAAAUCUUCAAAAAAAAAAUUGAAAA